AGUGCCUUCUCUCGUCUUCCUCCACCCUUCUCCCCCCGCCUCUGCCGCGGCGCAGGCUGGCGGCUGCUGCAGCGCCCCGCCGUUGGCGUUCACCUCACCGCAGCACCUGCCGCCACCGCCGCCUGAGGGGCUCGGGCCCCCCGCUGACGCCGGCCCUUCCGCGAGCUCUGCCCGAGCCAUGCUGUUCCUGGCGGCCGCUUUCAUCGUGGCCUUCGUCCUCCUCCUGUACAUGGUGUCGCCGCUCAUCAGCCCCAAGCCUCUCAAGCUGCCCGGCGCUCACGUCGUGGUAACUGGAGGCUCCAGCGGAAUUGGAAAAUGUAUUGCUAUUGAAUGUUACAAGCAAGGUGCUUUCAUAACACUGAUUGCAAGGGAUGAGAACAAGCUGCUGCAGACAAAGAAGGAAAUAGAAAAGUAUUCUGUUAAUGACAAGCAGGUUGUACUCUGUAUUUCUGUUGAUGUAUCUAAAGACUAUGAACAGGUGGAGAAUGUUCUAAAACAGGCUCAGGAGAAGCUUGGACCAGUGGACAUGCUUGUAAACUGUGCAGGAACAUCAGUUACAGGAAAAUUUGAGGAUAUUGAAGUGAAUUGUUUUGAAAGAUUAAUGGCAGUCAAUUAUCUGGGUAGCGUUUACCCGAGUCGAGCAGUAAUUGCUACCAUGAAGGAACGAAGAAUGGGGAGGAUUGUGUUUGUAUCAUCUCAGGCUGGACAAUUGGGCCUCUUUGGUUAUACAGCUUAUUCUCCAACAAAGUUUGCUCUUCGAGGGUUGGCUGAAGCCCUGCAAAUGGAGGUAAAACCUUAUAAUAUCUAUGUAACGGUGGCCUAUCCUCCAGAUACUGACACACCUGGCUUUGCAGAAGAAAGUAAAACAAAGCCCUUAGAGACAAAGCUGAUUUCUGAAACUUCAUCUGUUUGUCAAGCAGAACAAGUCGCCAGAGUUAUCGUCAAAGAUGCCAUACAAGGGAACUUUAACAGCUCAGUUGGAUCAGAUGGUUACAUGUUAUCUAUAUUGACAAGUGGAAUGUCACCAGUCACUUCUAUUACUGAAGGUCUUCAGCAGGUUGUUUGCAUGGGCAUUUUUCGCAUCGUUGGCUUAUUUUACCUAGGAAGUUUUGACAGCAUAGUGCGUCGCUGCAUGAUGCAAAGGGAAAAAUCUGAAAGUGCAGAUAAAACUGAGUAAUCUUUACUUUGAAUUGAAAGAAGAAUGUCAAACAGCCCUGGACAGCUUGCUGCUUAAGUGGGACUCAGUUUUUCUCCUGAAGGAUUUAGACUGGAAGUAAUUGCGUAUGUGACAGAUGAGUCCCCUCAAAAGCUAUGAAAGAAAACAGAAGUACAACUCCAGAAAAUGCCAAACUAUGCAAAAGUGUGAAUGAGGAUUAGAUUAUUUUUUGGGGGUGAUCUGAGAUGGAGAGAAUCUGGGAAACUUGUGAUUCUGCAGAGUAGAAUUUCAGAACGUACUGUGUGCGGUAAUUCUGGACAGAUGCUUAAGUUUUCUCACUUUGUGCUAAUGGACAAAAUAAGUACCAUGACAGACUGGGCUGAAGUUAAAUUGAAGUCCCCUGAGCAAGUUGGUACGUUUUGCUAACGUUCUGGGACUGUUUUUAAUUUAGAAUGUUAACUUUUCCUUUGGCCAGUCUACAGGUCCUUCUGUCAAUGACAGCUUUCCUUAUUCUAGUCAACAUGCAACUGUGGAAACCUUAAAAUGGCAGAACCAUUUGUAUGAUCCAAGCUUUCUCAGUCUGGGAGUAAUUAAAAAGUAUGGUUUAAUAUAUGCAUACUUUCUAAAGGGAGAUGAAGAACCCAUUCCCACAGAGAAAUGCUAGGAGAUGUGGUCGGGUCUGUAACUAUUCUGGCCUUUGGUGUAUGUUGUGAACAAAAAAAAAAUCAAACCAGUAUCAAGUGUGUUGAUUAUGACUUUAAGCAUUUUAAGCCAUUGAAAUAAUGUACAAUUUUUACAGAUACUUAUCUGUACUUUCCUAUCUACCAGUUUUUGCUCUGGAAAGGAAAGUAGCGUAGUGCUACUGUUAUGCACAUUAUUUUUCAAAGCUGCAAAUGAUGAGCCAAACUAGUAGUUGAUGAUAGAUUCAAUUGUAAUUAAAAUGCCAGGCUCUUCCAGUAGCAGGAAUGUAGCUUUGGGGUGGAGGGGGAGGGCUGUGUAUCAGAACGGCAUUCCACAUUCAUUUUGUCAUUACACAGAAAAACUUUUGCAUGGCAAGAAAUCAUUUAAAAUACUCUCCUUCUAUGCCUCAGUUCUGGUUUGUUUCAUUUACAGUAUAUGAAACAAGGCUGCUCAGUAACUGCUUCAGAAUACACAGAACCCCGUGGUUGUUGCUGAUAAAUCUUAACACUGAAAAAACUUGAUGCAUAACAAUGUUUUAAGGGUGCACUAUAUAUACUGUUUAUUUAAUGGACCACUGUAGCAAGUGCCUUGUGAGCUGCUUUUCUUUCAAAAGCUGCAUAUUUUGUAUUUGUUAGCACUGCUGUGCUUUCAAUGUCAUAUUUUUCAUUUUCAGUCAGUACUCUGAAUCUAAAAUUACUCAUAAAUUUUACUUGAAAGUAGUAUUUAACAACCAAAUGGGAAAAAAUGUUUGCUUUUGUUAAGAUACUCUCUACAUCUUCUUCAGAAGAGUUACUCAAGCUGAGAUGAAAAAUAAUAGUUGGUUAACUGGAAAACCUUUAAUAUGUAAUUUAUUGUGGCUGUUUAUUUUCUGUCUUUGAAUUUGGUUGAUCACUUUUCAAUUUUUCUUCACAUAGACCAAACUUGCUUUAAUAUCUGGUUUACAAACAUAUUUUUGGGGGAGGGUCACAUUGGCACUCUCAUUUUAAGUGGUUAGACUUUAGUUGAGGCAUUGUUGAAUUCAUCACAAAGUCGGUGUUUUAGGUCCUGCCUCUUGAUUUUGUUAAGACACGUGAAGCUGUGGAUGCCUGUGUUAUACUAGUUCUGAGAAUAGGGCAUAUUCCUGCAUUUUUAAACAGCUGGGCUUCAAUACAAAGAAAUCUAGUGUGCAUAUGUUUCCUGUGCUGCUUAAUGUGAAUGACAUAAUGGAGCAUUUAUCACACAUCCAUUGUCAACAUUGCCGUGUUUCUUAAAGCAACAGACCAAUGCUAUCUGGACCCUAUUAAUUGUGUUAAUUCUUAUUUUGAUGAAAAUCAAAUAUUCUUUGCCACCUGCAGGAGAUACUAAGAUGGGUAAAUCAGUUGUGCUGUAAUUUGAAAGAAAUGUUUAUGUAAAUUACUUGACAGCAACGCAAGCUGGAAGGUCAGGACUUACAACCAGUAAGACUUUGGAUACUUGAAUUUUUGGAUCUUCAGCUUGGAGUGUUAAAGAGUUUGCAUUUAAGAAAUAUAAUCCAGAAUGUCAGAGCACACACGAGACACUAUGGCAGCUGGGUCUCUUUAAAAUAUUUCAGGUUGGAUAUCACUAGUCACUGUUUCUUGACCAGAGAGUCCUCCCAGUCAUGACUGAUAAAAUUUCAACUCAAGUCUCUGUGAAGGAGGAAUAAGAAUUCUGUGUGAAAAUUAUGGCACUGAUGUGUAGACACUUCAGCUCACAUCUUGCAUAGUGUAAGUGGUUGUAUUGACAAUAAAACUGUAGGUUGAACUCCUCAGCAACUGUGCAGAUUGGAACAAGGCAAGUUUUUGAAGGAAUAAGUGAAGAAUCAUCUUCUAAAAUGCUCUAUUUUCUGCUGUUGCAAGUUAAUGCAGUUAAUUUUAACUGAUAAACUUUUCAACUGUUUUAUUGUCAAAACAUAGUGAAUUGUCAACAACAGCCUUUGGUGUAAAUUUUGUUUUCUUAUGCACAUUCUUUAUCAAUAUACUCAUUUUAAGGUCCAAUAUUAAGUGAAGGAGAUGCCUUGUCACCUUGUGGAAAAAUGUUUAGCAGCUGAAAAACUAUUUUGCCAGUUUAAAUGUUACGAAACCUCUGAAUUGAAAUGUCUUAGCAAUGUAUUAGAUCCGUGAAGAACUUCAAAUAGGCUUUAUUACUUUUUGUCAUAUUGGCAGUAAUUUAAUCACUUGUGCCAUAUCAGUCACUGUCUUGUCUGUUGUUUUCUUGGUCAAUCUCUUAGAUUCACUUUAGGCUUUUUGACAGUCUUUUCCAUUCCAUGUAGUUUCUAAUGACUGUCUGCUUUAAAAUACAGAUUCAUUGUAUCUUUUCAUAUAGUUUAUUUCACCAAGGUGUUCUUGUGCAAUUUGAAUAGAUCUAAUAUUUUACUAAGAAAUAAAGAUAUAGGUAAAUAAACUUUAUUUGCUGUGAAGAACUCUAGGCACUUUUAAAUCGUAAAAAUAUAUAGCAUUAUUUGUAAAAAGAAACUUUGUGCUUAUUGCUUCAUCAUUUUUGUGCCAGAACUGUAAACUAGUUUUCAUAUUUUAUAUUUCUCGAAAUAAAUGGAGAAUCAACAAA